AUGGCAAGUGAGCGUGUGCUACGAGUGGCUUCUAUAUGGGCAAUAGACAAGAUUGGGUUACACGAGCUGCGAGAGGAGAUUAGCGUGAUCUGUCCAGACGCACAAGUGUCUUACUCUCCCGAUGACGAUAUUCUCAUCAUCAGAGGCUGUGACGAUUCCGAGAAGGAGAGUGCCGUGGUGGCCUGCAUCACUGCCUUGCUCCAAAACGACAAACAUGAAUCUUCCAGUGAAAACGCCCAGAUUUGCUCAAUUGCCCAUGCUGGUGUAGGAUGUGCCCUGGACGAGUCACAGAAGUCUCGGCGCGAUGAGAAGGAGCCUCUGGAUAAAAAGCAGGAGAUUCAAGCGCAAACCGCGACUGAAACAGUCAAUCUGUCACGGAGAUGGGUCCCUUCUCACGUUCAAGUUGCUAGCAUUCGCAACAAUUCAUAUCACCUUCUCAGCAUUGUUGCGGGAGCUACGGGAACUACAAUCAGUGUCAACGACGAUGAUCCACAAGACCCAGCUAUCAACGUAUCCGCCGAGACAGUCGAGAUGUUGGAAGAAGCAUUGCGUAGAUUGGGGAAUUUCGAGAAACUUAUGGCUGUACUUCAAACCCCCUUCCAUGCCCACAUUUGCUACUGUCCCAGCACAAAUGGGUUGCGCUUUGGAAUCGUGGAAUACGGCCAACUCAGUAAGGGUCCACUGGAACGGAUUCUUCUCGACCCCGUGUCUCCUGUUAAAAAGCUCAUCGGCAAUUUAAUCGUGCCAGUCUCCUGUCGCAUUGAUGCCUCAACGAAUACAUUCCAGAUAUCCAGCCCCCUUCGUGAUGCGGUUGGACUUCAGCACUCAUUCAGACUUGGUGACUGUCAAACUUUAAAAUGUCUUUCUGGGUUCAAGUUUCCGGCACUCGAUCAUCCUAGCCGUGAGAGAGAGAGCUCCAGCAUUGCAGCAUCGAUCCAGCCAGGCAGGCAUAUCACAGCCCUUGCUCGUACUGUGAAGCUCCCAGUCGCGGGGUCUAUGAAAAGCAGCCAAGUCAGUGCUGCUUCUGAGAAAUAUUCUAGUGCAUUGAGCACUGUCAAAGUCCCAGGCAUGAAAGUCCGUCGACCAGCUUUGCCCGGUACUACGCCGUUAAAAAGAACCCAAGCAACCUCUACAAUAGCACCUCAUCUCGCUACGCCUGAAGAGUCUGGGACAUUGAUCACUGUUAAAGACGCAAAUGACGACAAAGGCUCUGCUGAGCCGGCAGCGGCUCUAAGUCCCACAGGUUCUCGGUCUACUACCGGGAGAUCUGGCCAGCAUGGCCAUUCAUUGCUGACCACACAUCUUGGAGAUUGUGAAUCUCAGAACUCAAAAAACUCGUCAGGAAAUGUGGAUUUGGGCCAAGCGAGACAUUUACUGGGCGAUUCCAUGCCCGAUUCGCCCGGACGAACCACUCGCUCUUAUACUGGCUCGUUCCAAUCAGUCAAUUAUCAGGCAGAUUCGAACAAUCUUCCAUCGAGAUCUUUGGGAUCUAUCAAUGUAAAUGACUCGAAGAGCUUCCAGGAAGCCACAAUCCUCAUGACCGGUCAUUCCUACAGUCACCAGCAAGCCCAGAAUGUGUGUCCAAAGGUGACUGGUCACUCAUCGCAGGGACCGUCUGUGUUGCUGUCAUCGUCGAGAUCGGAACUUCUCUCGGACACGACGAAUGGCACUCGAGAAUCUUCAUGUCCACCAAGUACUGGCUCUCAAGCACAUCCACUUGCCCAAAGCCCAAAGUUCACUCGACCCGGCAAAGAAUAUCCUAACGAUUUUCACAAGGAUUCCCAGAGCAUCUGUCGACCCUCGCUAACCUUCCCAGAUCUACAUAAUCAAACGAGUGGCAGUCAGGCUGUCUUACUGCGAACCGAAAACACAUCUGAUCCAGCGUCCGGGAAUUUUGCACCAUCGCCGCGUAGCGCUCAAGAGACGAUACGGAGUUCCGACCAAGCCCAGGGAAGGCGAUGGAAUAGCCAGUCUGUAUCACUCCCCCUGUACUACGAGACAUCCAUGAAUGGCGGCUAUCCAAGCUUCUGCCAAGAUGAUAAUUACCAAACAGCGGCUCCAUCAAAAGAUGCUUAUAAUUUCCCAGCAAGCGUUGGUCUCGCUCACCCUGGACAUGGUCCUAUUUCUCAUAUUCCGCACCCAAUGCAGCCUUCUUAUGGUGGAUUCGUCCCCGAUUCCGGGCAUUCCAUGUACUGGACACCACAUCAGAGAUCCUUCGGUUUGUCGGCGCACUAUUCAGAAGCUUCAAUGCCUCCAGUCUCCAUCUGGACAUGUCCGUGUGGUAGAUCUGUUCCUGUAUCCUACUUUCCCUGGCAAUCUCGCUGGGCUGCAAAUGGGGUCAAUCAGGCUUCAGCUGCACACUACUGGUCCCCUAGCCAAAAUACCACAUCAUUUCCUCGGACAGCGCAGCCUCCUAUGGAUCUCGCCUAUCGUCAGGAACUAGGCUUAGUUCAGGGUGCUGCUAUUCCUCCUUGCGCAUACCUUGGACGUCCAGAACGCGGCUCCUCUUUGUCUGCUCAGCCAAUCUCGGCAAAAUUUGAGAAUCAAAAUCCUCCUGCCAAUCCGCCAACUAGACAUCAUGGUGCUGAGCCGAUGGUCCACGAAAGAGUCGCCAGCUUAGGGGGUGCGGGGAGAGAGUUUCACUCGGUCAUGAGACAACGUACACCUAAUCCUCCUGUGAAGGAGAAAUCGGACUCUACGGCCGGGGCAACUGAGAAACUCUCCAAAAAGCGAUGGAGGCCACUCGACAUUUCCUACAACACGACGCGUCCCGGGGGGCUCACAUCAGAAAAAUCACGUUUGCCAAAGGGGGUGACCCCUCUCCGAGAGGAUCCUAAUCUUACAAGCAAAGUAUGGCAGACCCUUGCUCCUUUAAUGGCUACUGCCCAAGUGUUCCCAGGACCCUUGAGGCUUGAAAUCCGACUCGGCACGGUCGCAAUCUUGAGGACAUCCGGAGUAACAGAGGAGGUCUUCAUGACUUACGAGGAAAUGAACGAGAUCAUCCACCCGCCGGGCUACAUUCAUGGAUCUAGCACGCUCUUUUUCGAGAGGCUCACUACUUCUCCAGCUGACAUUGACCACACACUUGAUUUCACUGCCGAAGGAGCACGUCUUCUCGAGAGUGAGCCAUGUCUACUCGGCGUGUCUUACGAGUUUCACUGUUUCUUCAGGUAUGGUGAUACUCACGUCAUUGAAGUCGACGAGACGGGUCGAUCUGCAAUUCAACAACCUCAGUUCAAAUUGGGAUCCGUGGACAUCAGCUAUCCUGAUCGUAUUUGGGACGCUGCAGCUGGCUUGUACGGCUUUAUUGGUAUCUCCCGGCCGCCUCAUUCAGCCGCAAUACAUAUCAUGGAGACUAUCACAAAGGCCAUAUGGGUGGAGCCCAACCGUUCUCUGAUUCGCCUUCGUGUUCAGAUCGACAAAUCUUCCUUUGGUAUCAAGAAAGUCUUGUUAAAACGAAAAAGUCACCAUCGCUGUGUGGCUGGUCUCUCAGCAGAGAAUGCAGCAAGUGCGCUUUAUCUUCAAGUCAUCGAAGUUCAGGAUCUGGUCAUCACACCUGAUGAGGAGAAUCCCAAUAUCAUAGAGGCCACCUGCAAGCCACUGGAUGAGAUGGUCAAACUUCAUCGACAGUGGUGGGAGAUGUCUAUCGCCAGCUCUGCGAUUAACCAUGUUCUGAGCGAUAGAUCAUCUUGCCGUGCCGGGGAAGUCAACACGUCCUGGAAACCUGUUGAUAUCCUGGGCACUCAGACUAAGAUUGAUACAGACUCGCCGCCAUCCGCGACUGCAAAGUCAAUUGGGCGCUUUGGGCUGGGCCCGCUGUUGGGCCUUGCAACUACUAUUCUUGAGAAUAUUGAUGUUGUAGGGUUUUUCAACUGUAGUUAG